AUGUCGGACGAAGAGGCUGAUCCCGAGCUGCUUGCUCUACUUCGUCAGCAUCUGCAGGGAAAGCUCAACAUCAACGACGAGCCUGAGACAGGGGUCCUCGAAGGUGCCGAGUAUGUCUACGACAACUCGAUUGACGUCGCUCUGGAUAUGCGUGCCACCAAGAAUGCCGCCGCCUUGAUUCACUCCCAGAUGCAGGAAAAGGAGUAUUCGACGGGCACCUGGUCCGAGCACGAGCUGCAUCCCAAGUCCAAAGACGAAACGACUGUCGCCUUCAUCUUUGUUAUGGAUCUCCUCAACUUCUCUUUCUGGUCGUUAAGGCCCGAGGAGGAUCGUUUUGCGGUUGAGUACCGAGAUCGAAGAUGGACUGGCUACUGGAGCCUUGUUGCCUCAUUGCAACGGGCCUUGGAUGAGGGCAUUCCCAUUCUUGACCCUCAUUACUGGCAAGAUGAGGAGGAGUGCAAUGUGGAGUCAUUGCGGCAUGUCUUCAGGUCCUGCACAGACGAGGAGAUUCCCCUCCUGGAAUCACGACUGUCUUGCUUGAGAGAAGCAGGGCAGGUUCUCUACGAAAAAUAUUCGUGCAGCGUCACAAAUCUUAUCUCCUCGGCACGUGGUUCCGCAGCCCGGCUUGUCAACACCCUUGCCACCGACUUCUUGUGCUUCAGAGAUGAACACCACUUCGAUGGCCGACGCAAGCCUGUUCGCCUCCUCAAGCGGGCCCAGAUCUUCGUGGCAGACCUAUGGGCAUGCUUCAAUGGGGAGAACUGGGGCGAAUUUUACGACAUCGACAAGAUAACCAUGUUUGCCGAUUACCGCGUGCCUCAAAUCCUGGCCACAUUAGGAUGCAUCGGGUACAGCCCCCCGUUGCAAGCCCUAGUCAGCAGUGGCUCCAUGAUUGAGAGUGGAAGCAGGUCCGAAUUGCAGCUUCGAGCGUGCAGCAUUUGGUGUGUCGAGCUGAUCAGAAGAGAGAUCAAGCGAGAGCACCCAGACGCCAAGGUGAACGCCAUCUUGAUAGAUUUCUUCUUGUAUGAUACCAUGAAGCAGCUCGAGGAGCAAGGCAAGGAGACCAUGCCACACCACCGAACGAGGAGCAUCUGGUACUGA